GUGGCUCAGGCGGAGGCCGACAAGGCCAACAAGAAGACGGACAAGAAGAAAGAGUUGGAUGAACUCAACGAGCUCUUCAAGCCGGUCGUCGCCGCCCAGAAAGUCAACAAAGGUGUGGACCCCAAGUCGGUGCUGUGCGCCUUCUACAAGCAGGGCCAGUGCACCAAAGGAGACAAGUGCAAGUUCAGCCACGACUUGUCCAUGGAGAGGAAGUGCGAGAAGAGGAGCGUCUACGUGGACGAGCGGGACGAGGAGCUGGAGAAAGACACCAUGGACAACUGGGACGAGAAGAAGCUGGAGGAGGUGGUCAACAAGAAGCACGGCGAGGCCGAGAAGAAGAAAUCCAAAACUCAGAUCGUGUGCAAGUUCUUCCUGGACGCCAUCGAGAACAACAAGUACGGCUGGUUCUGGGUGUGCCCAGCAGGGGGCGGCGAAUGCAUGUACCGACACGCCCUGCCGCCCGGCUUUGUGCUGAAGAAGGACAAGAAGAAGGAGGAGAAGGACCAGGAGAUCUCCAUGGAGGAGCUGAUCGAGAGCGAGGUGAGAUGCGCCACCGUUGGCCCUUUUCCAGCGCGCUUUUUGUUCCGGGCCGGCGCCCAGGUGAGCACCGGUUCACACCUCCGCCCAACCGUCACUGAGUGAGA